AUGCUCAGACAUAGCUUUGCACGCAUCAGCUCACCAACACUCACACGCAUGGCUUCGACGCUCGCAGCAGCACCCGCACAAGCGCCAUCAUGGCAAGCAUGGCGACUCAAUCCUCCUUGUCUCGUUCCAGCGGAGAGCAACACGAUGGCUUCGCAAGAUGCUCUGCCGUGCUUACCUGUGCCUGAGCUCAGCUCAACACUGAACAAGCUGCGCGCUUCGGUUCGUGCACUUGCAAGGACAGACGACGAGCUCAACACGACGCUCGCUAAGAUCCAAAGCUUCGAGACGAAUGAGGGGCCCAAGCUGCAGGAGAAGCUCAGAGAGAGAGCUGCUGAGCGCGAUCAGCGCGAAGGGAACUGGAUAGCAGAGAGCUGGGACACCAAUGCUUACAUGGCCUAUCGCGACUCUGUCGUCAUCAACGUCAGCUACGCGUUCGGCUUCAAGAAGCUGCCGCAAGGCGACUCUGCCUCUGCGCCCAAUGAUCCGACGUAUGUUGCUGCUACCAUUGCACUCAAAGCCCUCGAGUUCUGCGAUCAGAUAACGAGCGGCAAGCUCCAGCCUGACAAAGCUGGCGAGGCUGCCCUCUGCAUGGAAUCCUACAAAUGGAUGUUCAAUGCCUGCAGGAUACCUGCCAAGCCGGCAGACUAUGCCGUCAAGCUCAGGGAGGACGAUCCGAGCGGUCAGCAUCUGAUUGCCAUUCGUCGGAAUCGGUUCUACAAGAUUGCAUUGAGUGCAAACGGCCAAAGACCCGGUCUUGCCGGUCUGCAGAAAGCGUUUGCAGCUGUCUACCAGGAAGCAGAUCGCUCCGCAGUGAUGCCGCCCGUAGGUGCUUUGACGUCUUGGGACCGCGACAAUUGGACAGACGCAAGAGUAGAGCUCAUGAAAGAUCCGGGCAAUUCUGCCACGCUUGCCGAGAUCGAACGGGCUUCGUUCGUCAUCGCGCUCGACGAAGAAUGCGCCGGCUCGUCUUUCCAAAAUAAGAGUGACGAUAUCGUGGCAAUGAGCCAUCAGAUGCUGCAUUCCGAUGGGAAGAACCGCUUUUUCGAUAAGCCGCUCCAGUGGAUCGUGCGAGAUGACGGCGAGGCAGGCUUCAUUGGAGAGCACAGCUGUAUGGACGGAACGCCUACCGCCCGUAUGAACGACUGGCUCACCCAUGAUCUUCUGUCGCACAAGCUAGCGCCCGGGUCAGAUGCAAGCACGCAAAUCAGCCCUCCGACAGAAGUCAAGUUCGCUCUCUCAACCAUCACGAUGGACCACAUCGCGCAGGCUAUACAAGCGCACGAAAAGAACGUAGCAGACAACUGUACGGUUGGCUUCACUCUCUACCGGCGUUACGGCAAGAACCAGAUCAAGAAGCAGAAAUGCUCUCCCGAUGGCUGGACACAAAUGACGAUGCAGCUUGCUCAUGCGCUCACGGAGGAAGGCCAGCUCGUCGGAACGUACGAAGCUGCAAUGACGCGUCGGUUCAAGUUAGGUAGGACGGAGACUGUACGUGUCUGCACCGAGCAAGCGGUGAAGUGGGUCAAAAGCAUGCUCUCAAAAGAUGCAUCGGACGACGAAAGGCGGCAACUCUUCCGUGAUGCGCUGGCGCAGCAUGGCAAGGAUAUGAAGGACGCUAGCGCCGCUCAAGGCAUCGACCGACACCUCGUCGGGCUGAAAUGGUCUGCCGAUGGCAAUGUGCCUGAUUUGUAUUCGGACGGUCUUUACCAACGAGCGGCAACUUGGACGAUGUCAACAUCACAGAUCUACUCCCUCAACUUUCACUGCUAUCUCUGGGGCAGGGUCGUUCGGUAUGGUUUUCCGUAUAUGAUUCAUCCCGAUAGCCUUCAAUUCACCAUCACGGGCGAUAAAGAUGCGAAGACUCAGGAGAUGGUCAGGAAUUGUGGUGUGGCUGCGGAUAUGGUCAUGGAUCUGUUCGAGCGAGCGCCGUCCGCCAAGUUGUGA